AUGAAGGUCUCCGCAUUGUUAUCGACCCUUUUCUUCACUUCAGCGCUUGCUUGCAGCGAAGAGAUCAUUGCCAGGCAAGAAGGCAACGCUUCCCUUCCAUUCACCUACACUCCUGGCAACGACCCACCCGCAGACCCCGAAACCCUCUCGUACUUCGUAAAUCACGUUGGCAUCAAUGUUGCGAACAUGACUAGGACCAGCGCGUGGUACUCCAAAGUCAUCGGCAUGCGCCACAUCUUCACCGUCGACCUGCCAGGAGGUUUUUCGAUCAUGUACAUGGCACAUAGCCAGGGCGGCAGGAACGGAACUGGGUUCCAAACGGGCGCUGAGAUGCAGCGUGACAAGAACAACAUGGCUGGCAUGAUUGAGUUCCAGUCGUACACUGGGUCAGGUAACGGCAACAGCACCGGCUACGAGACGCAGGCUGCUCCUCGCAUCUUCUCGCAUCACGGCCUGAUUGUUCCCGACAUAGUAGCUGCACAAGUGCGCUUCGACUCGCUCGGUGUGCGCGUCAUUAAGCGCACUGGCGAAGUGGAUUUUUCGGGCCAGACAGAGGAGAGUCGGAUCCUCGGGCUUGCUUGGGGAUUCGGAGAUCUGACGAACGAGGAGACUCAGAAGGAUGUCGAGGAGGGGACACCGGGGCUCGAGGCUAUCGGGUUCCGGUCGUUCAUCGUUAUCGCGGAUCCGGAUGGCAAUCUGUUGGAGGUGCAGCAGCAGUCGGGUGGGGCGAUAUAG